CUCUUCUCCAUUGUGAUCUUUGGCUGUAUCGCCAAUGAGGGCUACGUGAACCGGCCUGACGAGAUUGAGGAGUUCUGCAUCUUCAACAGGAACCAGAAUGCCUGUAACUACGCAGUGGGGAUGGGAACCCUGGCUUUUCUCAGCUGUGCUGCCUUCCUGGCCCUGGAUGUCUACUUCCCCCAGAUCAGCAGCGUCAAGGACCGCAAGAAGGCUGUGCUUGCUGACAUCGGAGUGUCUGGUAAGCUCUGGGGUGUAGUUUCCCCUAGGCACCGAUCUAGGAACAGCUUAUCCUCCCCCAAUCCUAACCUUAACCAUUACUGGUGGAAAUGCAAAACUGACCACAGAUCAACUUCACCCCACACAGGAAGGAUGUUGUUUUGGCUUGUUGGUGUGAGUUUGCGCUUUGACUGGGGGAUGUGGGAGGUGAUUGUGUGUUCGUUAACAGCAAAGACGGGGGUUGUUUUAGUUGAGAAGUUGGUCCUCUGUAGCUCAGCUGGUAGAGCAUGGCGCUUGUAACGCCAGGGUAGUGGGUUCGAUCCCCAGGACCACCCAUACACAAAAAAAUAAUAAUUAUGCACGCAUGACUGUAAGUCGCUUUGGAUAAAAGCGUCUGCUAAAUGACGUAUUAUGAUAAGGCUUUGGAGGCACACGGUUUAUCUGGGUGCUUUGUGGAGAUUUGGUUCAGAGGUGGAUGUGACUUUUGUCUUUAGCCUUUCUAAACUCUUAGAAAACACUGAUCAAUACAUGGAUAUUGAUAAAGGUCUUGUUUCCUCAAUAGCCAUUAGGCAUGCUUGGCCCUGUCUGUAUACUCUUAAAAUGUAGAAUGCCUCCUUCCUCCUUUCCUUGAUGUAAUCACUCCGACAUGACUGGAUUGGCGUGGAAGCAAGCUCUUUACUGCAUUGCUCUCACCAAUUAUAUUAUAUCAGAUUGGUGAUUACUUCAAGGAAAGGAUUAAAGAAGGAUGCAUAUUAAUAGUAUUGGAACAGAGCCCUGGAAUUUUAAUCACAGGUCUAGGACGUUGGCAGACUUGAGUUCUGUAGGAGCCAUUUUGUAUGUGCACAGGUGCCCCCCUCUGGUUAGCUGUGGUGUGGCCGAUAAACCCUAACAUAGUCAUUAUGACCUUUGAGGCUCGGCUUUGAUUCCUGUGAGGCUAUUGUGGCUUGUAAAAAUGGUUGCAAAAUAUGUUGUGUAUCAGUAGUUGAUAUGUUUUUUUAUAUUGUUUCAUGACCUUUGUGGUGUUGCUCAUAAUGCGCAAACAUACUCAUGUCAGCGGCUUGUUUCAGUCUGUUAUUGGCAUGACAUUUGCAAUGUGGUAUUACUGAGUAUGAUAUUACAUUUCAAGAGCAGAUGUUUUUCUUUAGUUUUACCACCCAUAGUAUUAAUGGUUUUUACAUUUGUAAUUCUCUCUCUCUCGCUCUCUCUCCCUCCCUCCUUCCUGUAGCAUUCUGGUCGUUUGUCUGGUUUGUGGGGUUCUGUUUCCUGGCCAACCAGUGGCAGGUUGCCAAGGAGGAGGAUAACCCUCUAAGGGAGGGCGCGGACGCAGCCCGAGCCGCCAUUACCUUCGCCUUCUUCUCCAUCUUCACCUGGGUACGUACAGUACAACAGCCCUCCAUUUCAUUAACCUUCCUGUCUGGUGUAAUGGCCAUUUGUACGUCUACAAUAUAGAAAAUAUUAUUUAUAUUACGCAAAAUGGAUUCAUAUCACAUUCUUUCCAUCGGUGACCCUUCAAUUAAAUUGGUUACAUAACAACUCUGCCUUCUUCAUGAGGCUCUAAUUCUGCUCCGUCUGAAGCUGGGUCCUAACGUUCUACUCCUCUUAACCUACCUCUGUUUAACACACUGCUUUUUCUUCAUCUGUAGAUGUGUCUACUGUCUUCUGUUUUUCUGCAAAUGUGUAACCUGGAUCUAAACUUUCUCUCCUUAUUUUAUCUUCUCUGGGUCUGUUUUAGAUUCCUCUUUUUCUCCAUUUUAAUCUCAGUCUAUGCUGUGUUUUUGUCUAUACAAUAAGGCCUAAUCUCUGUUUUUUUGCUGGAUCUGAACUAUGUUUCUCCCAAUUCGCUAAUUUAAACUUUGCUUCUGUCUCAGUCUAGAAAAAGCUUAAAAAGUUGUGUUAUGAUACAUAACUUUAUGGAAGGAUUGUAUCUGGUGAAUAUUGGGGUCAUUCUCACCACCCUUUCUAUCCCAUAACUGUCCACUGAUCCAGUCCCUGACCUGUCUGUCUCUCUCUAGGGUGCUCUGACACUGCUGUCCCUGGAGAGGAUAAAGAGAGUGUCGUUCGAAGAAGAGUACAACAAACUGUUCAUUCCACAGCCCACACCACCACUAGCCUAAUGAUAGAUAUCCUGACCCUUACAGUGAGGGAAAAAAGUAUUUGAUCCCCUGCUGAUUUUGUACGUUUGCCCACUGACAAAGACAUGAUCAGUCUAUAGUUUUAAUGGUAGGUUUAUUUGAACAGUGAGAGACAGAAUAACAACAAAAAUAUCCAGAAAAACACAUGUCAAAAAUGUUAUAAAUUGAUUUGCAUUUUAAUGAGGGAAAUAAGUAUUUGACCCCUCUGCAAAACAUGACUUAGUACUUGGUGGCAAAACCCUUGUUGGCAAUCACAGAGGUCAGACGUUUCUUGUAGUUGGCCACCAGGUUUGCACACAUCUCAGGAGGGAUUUUGUUCCACUCUUCUCCAAGUCAUUAAGGUUUCGAGGCUGACGUUUGGCAACUUGAACCUUCAGCUCCCUCCACAGAUUUUCUAUGGUAUUAAGGUCUGGAGACUGGCUAGGCCACUCCAGGACCUUAAUGUGCUUCUUCUUGAGCCACUCCUUUGUUGCCUUGGCCGUGUGUUUUGGGUCAUUGUCAUGCUGGAAUACCCAUCCACGACCCAUUUUCAAUGCCCUGGCUGAGGGAAGGAGGUUCGCACCCAAGAUUUGGCGGUACAUGGCCCUGUCCAUCGUCCCUUUGAUGCGUUGAAGUUGUCCUGUCCCCUUAGCAGAAAAACACCCCCAAAGCAUAAUGUUUCCACAUCCAUGUUUGACGGUGGGGGAUUGUGUUCUUGGGGUUAUAGGCAGCAUUCCUCCUCCAAACACGGCGAGUUGAGUUGAUGCCAAAGAGCUUGAUUUUGGUCUCAUCUGACCACAACACUUUCACCCAGUUCUCCUCUGAAUCAUUCAGAUGUUCAUUGGCAAACUUCAGACAGCCCUGUAUAUGUGCUUUCUUGAGCAGGGGGACCUUGCGGGCGCUGCAGGAUUUCAGUCCUUCAUGGCGUAGUGUGUUACCAAUUGUUUUCUUGGUGACUAUGGUCCCAGCUGCCUUGAGAUCAUUGACAAGAUCCUCCCGUGUAGUUCUGGUCUGAUUCCUCACCGUUCUCAUGGUCAUUGCAACUCCACGAGGUGAGAUCUUGCAUGGAGCCCCAGGCCGAGGGAGAUUGACAGUUAUUUUGUGUUUCUUCCAUUUGGGAAUAAUCGCACCAACUGUUGUCACCUUCUCACUAAGCUGCUUGGCGAUGGUCUUGUACCCCAUUCCAGCCUUGUGUAGGUCUACAAUCUUGUCCCUGACAUCCUUGGAGAGCUCUUUGGUCUUGGCCAUGGUGGAGAGUUUGGAAUCUGAUUGAUUGAUUGCUUCUGUGGACAGGUGUCUUUUAUACAGGUAACAAGCUGAGAUUAGGAGCACUCCCUUUAAGAGUGUGCUCCUAAUCUCAGAUCGUUACCUGUAUAAAAUACACCUGGGAGCCAGAAAUCUUUCUGAUUGAGAGGGGGUCAAAUACUUAUUUCCCUCAUUAAAAUGCAAAUCAAUUUAUAACAUUUUUGACAUGCGUUUUUCUUAAUUUUUUUGUUGUUAUUCUGUCUCUCACUGUUCAAAUAAACCUACCAUUAAAAUUAUGGACUGAUCAGUUCUUUGUCAGUGGGCAAAUGUACAAAAUCAGCAGGGGAUCAAAUACUUUUUUCCCUCACUGUAUACUUAACAUUAUUUCCCUCACACCAACUUCCCAUCCAGGCUGUCUGAAUGAUGUCCUCCUUAGAUGGCCAAACACAGUGAAGGAGAACCUUGUAUGUGUUUACUAUAAUUGCCUAGUGUUUACAGCUAGGAUAUGCUUGCUGGACUCAGAUUGCCCUUCCAAAGUGCCUUGAUAUCAAACCAUUGCCAAAAAUGAGUGUCUUUGUGGGGUUAAAAAAGUGGUACUGUUGACAUAUCAGGUUCUCAUUGCCUGGCAUAGUAAUCCACCAUUUUAGCUAUGUUUACCUAAGCUGGUUGUCUCAAUUCAUUUUUAUGUAAAGGAUUCUUUUGUUUAGAACUUUUUAUAAAAAUCAUUUGAUUUCAUGGUACCAUUCAAAUUAGAUUGUACAUUUUCUGUAGAGCCACUUUGCAAGGUUGGGGUCAACUCUGUCAAUUCAGGAAAUUAUUAGAAAGUGAUACAAAUGUACAGAGUUCAUGUCAAUUUGAACCCAAACCUUGUUAGAUUGUAUCUUAGAUAUGUAGUAAUUGUUAAUUGUUCACAUUGUAUUUCAAUGCCAAAACGGCAAAUAUGUGAAGGAAAAGCUAUGACCUCUGUUCACCUCCUCUCCCUAAUCUAGCCUUAUGCUCCCCCAUACACACACGCCACAGCUUUAGCUAACUACUACAGCUUAAUGACGUGCAAUUAGUGUUACCAGGUCCAGCUGGCUGCAACCACUAUGUGAAUCUAUGUCUGUUAUUUUGUGUUAUGAGUUAGGAUUAAAAUCAGAUUUUUUUAUUUAGUUUGGGUAUUUUUGCUUUGUAUAUGACACUGGGAUGAUUUGUGAAUGUUUAUUAUUUAUGAUACAUUGUUAUUGUUGUAUUAAAAAGGAAAAACAAAGACAGUGCCUGAUCAGGUGAAAGGUUACUCACUUCACUCCAAGACCACUGACUGUAAUCUGUUUUGACACUCCCCACUUAAAGCCGACUAACGGACUUAAUCCUCCCGCUCUAAUCAAACACAUUUUCUCUCUUCCUUCUUCCUCCCUCUCUUUUUCUCUCGUUAUCCCACCCUUCUUAUCAUCUAACUACCAUUCGUCCUCCUAACCUUACUUCAUACCUUUUAAAUCAAUGGCAUGCUCCCUGAUAUAUCCCCCUCCCCCACUAUCAUUGGUUCCGUCUAUCGCGUCAUCCCAUCUGUCAUAUUCAAAUUCCACCCACACAACCCCAUGUCUCCACCUUUCCUGUUUAUCCCCCCACCCACAUAUAUAUUGUUUUGCUAUUGCUCUCAUGUUGUUGCCCAUCCCCUUUCCAAUCGCUCGCUGCCCUUAUGGUCUGUGAUCCCUCUUCACGCAUACAUUGUUUGCUAUCGCCUCUAUAUUAUUGCCCAUUCCCUUUCCAAUUGCCUGCCCGUCCCAUAACACCCUCUCUGCUCUGAAGGCGGUGCAGGCCUUCCUGGGCUUUCAGAAGUACAAGCUGGGGGCUGACUCGGCCCUCUUCUCCCAGGAGUAUGUUGACCCCACCGCUGACCCCAACACUGUGGCCCCCAUGGGCACUGACUACACAGGCUACACUGCCGACAUUGACCCCGUGGCCAGCACGGAGCCAGCCUUUGACGGCUCCGCUGGCUACCAGGGCCAGGAGUACUAA